GUCAGGACCCAGGGCUUUCAGGUACAGGUUGUGUGCAGGUAUUCAGGUAUUCCGCAUGUUGACGCAUGUACUAGGCAUGACUCAGUGGAAAGUCCCGGGAGUGGCGCAGUAAAAAUUCCGAGGGAAAACCCAGAACUCUCACAAGCAGAACCAGGCAGGUUCACAGACAGACAUCCAGGUGGCUUACCCACAGGCAUUUUCUAGUGGGCAUUUUCAACAACAAAAAAAUGUCUGUCAACAAAAUGGCCAGCCUAGUAAGCAAGUUCAAAGAUUUGGAGUUAUGCCUUGAGAGACAACUGAGUCAGGAAGUUGGCUAUGGACAGGCACUAAGAGAAGCUAUUGCUAGUGAGGAUUGUUCUAUGGAGGUAGAGGUCCUGAAAAGUCUUGGAGACCUGCGUCUUGAGAAAGCCAAGCUCAGUAAAGAUUCAGCAGAGUUUGACAAGGCUGCUGCCCUGUAUGCUGCUGCCUUACUGCGCUGCAAAGAUCCAGAUGUAGGUGAAACGGUAGAACAUCGUAUCCGCUACAUGGAGAAACUCUCCAGACAACUGCUGCAGGGGUACAGUCCACACUUCAGGUGGCAGUCACCAGACUACUGGGGUACUGCUGACAGUAAUGUCUUAAGGGUGGCAGAGAUUUGUGACAAACUGGACAUCAGUAUCAGAAAAUCCCAGCGCUCCAUGCAACAGGUUUACACAGAGGCACUAAUGACAGCAAUUGAGAACAGUGACAUGUUUUUGGAGGUUGAGGUUCUAAAAUCCCUCGGAGAUUUCUACCUUGAGAAAGGUGAGACAACCUCUGAUGUAUCCCAGUUCUCCAAGGCAGCUGCCAUGUACAGCAAGGCCCUGACAACAUGCGGGGGUCCUGAGACAAAACUGACUCUGCAACAUCGUGUCAAGUAUGCAGAAAAGACCAAAGAAGCUGCAUCACGGAAGCCAAGAAGAAGAGAAGAAAGACUGCACAGAAAGCACCAGCUAGGAAACAUCAGAAUAGAAGCUGACAAGAUGCAGGCUCAUCAUCUCCAACCACAUAUACCAAGAAAUGCAACAGAAAGCAGCACUGCAGAUGGAACAGUUGAAGAACAAGAACUCAAAGACAAGGAGUACACAGACCACCUUAAGGAAGGAGACUCCUGCCUUACCAGAUCAGACCUGGACUCAGCAGAGCAGCACUUUGCAGCUGCACUCAAGACAGUACAUGUGAGAGACCCCACAGCCCAGCAGUACCAGAGAGAGGUGGAGCCCCUGUGCAAGUUGGGGGAUGUCUACAGUAAGCGAGGUCAGCAGACAGGAGACGGGGGAGACUUGGUCAAAGCAGUAGCACUCUACAAUGCAGCAAUAGCCAGGUCAGAGGAUCAAGUCCUCAAUGGUAACAUAGCAACAACUGUUAGAGAAGUAGAGAAGGCAUUCCUCAAAUGUAUCCUAGAAAAGCAUAGUAAUGUUAGUCAAGAUGACGCAGAAAAACACAAGAAACAGCUGAAGGAGAUGCGGGACCAGAUCAAGCUGGAGAUGGAAACCAUUGACCAGCAGCUGGAUCCCUAUGUACAUGAUGAGGACGACCCAUGUGUCAAAGAGAUAGAGGCAAAACGAGCUCAGGCUGUCAGGCAGUUGUUUGACAAAAUUGCACAACAAAGGAAGGAGUUCAUCAGCCUGCUUGUAGAAGAGUGUAUUGGGUUAAUGGGUCCCCCUCCCUGUAAGUAUGCCCUGAUAGGUUUGGGUUCACAGGCCACAGGACUGGUAACUCCAUACUCAGACCUGGAGUUUGUCAUCUUGGUAGAAGAAGAAAGUGAAGAAUGUCUUGUGUAUUUCCGUAACCUCACCCACUAUCUACACCUCAAGGUGGUCAACCUGGGAGAAACCAUUCUCCCAGCACUGGGAAUAAAAUCUCUCAAUGACUUCUACUCUGAGAAUCCACUUGACAACUGGUACUAUGACUCUGUUACACCACGUGGGUUUGCAUUUGACGGAUCCAUGCCAAAAGCAAGCAAGACUCCACUGGGCAGGCAGGGAACUAAGAACAAACCACCCAGUGAACUCAUCUGCACCCCACAAAACAUGGUCUCAAUACUUCAGAAUGAUGUCACACUGUAUCUGAAAGAAGGAUAUCACCUUGCCACUAUCUUGAGAAACCCAUGCCUGAUAGCAGGGGACCAGGAUUUGAUUGAUACAUACAUGGCCAUCACAGAGAAGAUACUGCAAGCUGAUGGGGGCAAAAUGGCAAAACAGCUGGCACAGGAGACGCGAAGAGAAAACAUUAAUGCACAAGUAUCUAUAAAAUUAGAACAAUUGAUUGAUGUGAAGAAAGAGAUCUAUCGCUUCCCAGCUCUAGCAGUGGACUGCUUGGCACUGUCUUCAGGCAUCAUACCUACCACAGUUUGGAAGACAAUAGAAGAAAUGGAAAAGCAACAAGUGAUCAGUCCCAACAAUGCACACCACCUGACAGUGCUUACCAGCAUCUCAGCAGAACUCAGGCUCAGAACAUACAUGGCAAAUGGUGGACAGAAGGAAAACCUGUCAGCUCUGGCCGCAAUGGAAACAGCACAGCAUGGACAGGAACCAUCCCUACAGACAAAAGAUGAAGUACAGACAACUGCACUAAAACAGAUUUUCUACCUUCCAGAUGAAAACCAUAUUCUCAGAUAUUAUUACACAGCACUACCUCUUAGUAUUGUUCUUUCAGAAUGGUGCAAACAAAAAGUACUUCCAAAUUCAUUCCCUGAUUUCUAUGACACUUCAGCCACGAUAAAAGCAGUAAUCUACACCGAACUAUGCAAGUACAGAAAGGCUAUCAGCUAUUGCCACCAAGCUCUGAAGGAAGCUGAAGGAAAUGACGAUAUGAAAAUGUCACUGCUCAACAGACUUGGAGUUGCUUUGACCAGAAUGGGUGAUAACCAGGGGGCAGUCAGCUAUCUUGAAGAGGCACUGUCAUUGGCACAAUGUUCCUCUGGUCAAGGUAUCACAGAUACAGUUACUGCCGUGUUGCUAGAGAACCUGGGAGCAGUCUACUACUCUAUGGGUGAUUAUAUUAAAGCAAAAAGCUAUCUUGAAGAUGCACUACUGAUAUACAGGAGUGUCUAUGAUCAGGGUACAGCGCAUAAUGACAUUGGCACAUUACUCAAUAUACUAGGGGCAACCUAUCAAGGGCUUGGGGAUUGCAGAGAAGCAAUCAGCUACCUUGAACAAGCACUGCAUGUGCAGAGAAGCGUCUAUGGUGAGAAUACAGCACAUCCUGACAUUGCCAGCUCACUGAACAAUCUUGGUAUGUCAUGGAAUGAUUUGAGUACAUUUGAAAAGGCAAGAAACUACCUGGAACAGGCACUUGAGAUGCGCCAAAGUAUCUUUGGUCACAGUACAGCGCAUGCUGACAUUGCUAUAUCACUCAGUAACCUGGGGAAGGUCUGGCACCGGCUGGGUGAUUACAGAAAAGCAAUCAGCUACCAUGAACAGGCACUGCAGAUGCACAGGAGUAUCUAUGGUCAGACUAAAGCACAUCCUAACAUUGCCACCUCACUCAACAGUCUGGGGUUAGCCUGGGAUAACCUUGGUAAAAAACAUAAAGCCAUCAGCUACUAUGAGCAGGCACUGCAGAUGAAUGAAAGUAUCUAUAGCAAAAAUACACCACAUCCUGGCACUGCCAGAAUACUCAGCAACAUUGGUGCAGCCUGGGAUUCCUUGGGUGACCACAGGAAAUCAAUCAGCUACCUUAAACAGGCACUACAAAAAAAGAAGAGCAUCUACAUUUUGUAUGGCCAGAAUACAAAACAUCCUGACAUUGCCAACUCACUUAUCAAGCUGGGUCAAGCUCUGGUUCACCUUGGUGACUAUUUGAAAGCAAUCAGCUACCUUGAGCAGGCACUGCAGAUGUACAGGAGUAUCUAUGGUCACACAAAAGAUCACAGAGACAUUGCCCUGUCACUCAGCAGCCUGGGGAUAGCCUGGUACCACCUGGGUGAUUUCAGAAAAGCAAUCAGCUACCUUGAACAGGCCCUGCAGAUGAACAGGAGUAUCUAUGGUCAAAGUACAGAAAAUCCUGACAUUGCUGCAUCACUUGUCAACCUUGGGCAAGCCCACAAUAAUGUUGGUGAUUACAGAUUAGUAACCAGCUACCUUGAACCGGCACUGCAGAUGUGCAGGAGUAUCUAUGGUCAGACUACACCACAUCCUUACACUGCCUCCUCACUCAACAACCUGGGAACAGCCUGGAGUAACCUGGGUGAUCACAGAAAAGCAAUUCAAUACUAUGAACAGGCACUGCAGAUGCUCAGGUGUAUCUAUGGUCAGGAUACACCACAUCCUCAGAUCGCAAUAUUACUCAACAACAUAGGGCAAGCUUGCAAUGAACUUCAUGAUUACAAAAAAGCAAUCAGCUAUCAUGAACAGGCUCUGCAGAUUGAGUACACAGACCACCUUAAGGAAGGAGACUCCUCCCUUGCCAGAUCAGACCUGGACUCAGCAGAGCAGCACUUUGCAGCUGCACUCAAGACAGUACAUGUGAGAGACCCCACAGCCCAGCAGUACCAGAGAGAGGUGGAGCCCCUGUGCAAGUUGGGGGAUGUCUACAGUAAGCGAGGUCAGCAGACAGGAGACGGGGGAGACUUUGUCAAAGCAGCAGCACUCUACAAUGCAGCAAUAGCCAGGUCAGAGGAUAAAGUCCUCAAUGGUAACAUAGAAAUAGCUAUCAAAGAUGUAGAGAAAUCAUUUCUCAAAAGUAUCUUAGGCAUUCAUAGAAAUGUGAGCCAAGAUAACACAGAAAAACAUAAGAAACAGCUGAAGGAGAUGCGGGACCAGAUCAAGCUGGAGAUGGAAACCAUUGACCAGCAGCUGGAUCCCUAUGUACAUGAUGAGGACGACCCAUGUGUCAGAGAGAUAGAGGCAAAACGAGCUCAGGCUGUCAGGCAGUUGUUUGAGAAAAUUGCACAACAAAGGAAGGAGUUCAUCAGCCUGCUUGUAGAAGAGUGUAUUGGGUUAAUGGGUCCCCCUCCCUGUAAGUAUGCCCUGAUAGGUUUGGGUUCACAGGCCACAGGACUGGUAACUCCAUACUCAGACCUGGAGUUUGCCAUCUUGGCAGAAGAAGAAAGUGAAGAAUGUCUUGUGUAUUUCAAUAACCUCACCCACUAUCUACAUCUCAAUGUGGUCAACCUGGGAGAAACCAUUCUCCCAGCACUGGGAAUAAAAUCUCUCAAUGACUUCUACUCUGAGAACCCACUUGACAACUGGUACUAUGACUCUGUUACACCUCGUGGGUUUGCAUUUGACGGCUCCAUGCCAAAGGCAAGCAAGACUCCACUGGGCAGGCAGGGAACUGAGAACAAACCACCCAGUGAACUCAUCUGCACCCCACAAAACAUGGUCUCAAUACUUCAGAAUGAUGUCAAAUUGUACCUAAAGGAAGGAUAUCAUCUUGCCACUAUCUUGAGAAACCCAUGCCUGAUAGCAGGGGACCAGGAUUUGAUUGACACAUACAUGGACAUCACAGUAGAGAUACUGCAAGCUGAUGGGGGUAAAAUGGCUCAACAACUGGCACAGGAGACACAAAAGGAAAACAAUCUUGGGCAAAUAUCUAUAGAAUUAGAACGACUGAUUGAUGUGAAGAAAGAAAUAUACCGCUUCCCAGCUGUAGCAGUGGACUGCUUGGCACUGUCUUCAGGCAUCAUACCUACCACAGUUUGGGAGACGAUAGAAGAAAUGGAAAACCAACAAGUGAUCAGUCCCAACAAUGCACACCACCUGACAGUGCUUACCAGCAUCUCAGCAGAACUCAGGCUCAGAACAUACAUGGCAAAUGGUGGACAGAAGGAAAACCUGUCAGCUUUGGCCUCAAUUGACACAACACAGCAUGGACAGGAAUCAUCCCAGAUCAAUGAUGUCCAGGCAAAUGCACUGAAACAGAUUUUCUAUCUUCCGGAUGAAAACCAGCUUUUCAGAUACUAUUACACUGCAGUCCCUCUGAGAAUUAUUCUUUCAGAAUGGUCGGAACAAAAUGUAGCUGUUUCAAAUUCAUCUCCUGAUUUCUAUUCAUCUGCAGCAAGUAUAAGAGCAACAAUGUACUUUGAACUGUGCAAAUAUAGCCAGGCUGUCAGCUGCUACCAGGAAGCUCUGAUGGAAAUUAAAGGAAAUGAUGCUGAGAAAAUUGAGCUGCUGAACCGGCUUGGGCUUUCUUUGUGCAGAAUGGGUGAUAACCAGAGGGCAGUCAGCUACCUUGAAGACGCACUGUUAUUGGCACGUUCCAGUCAAAGCAUAACAAAUCCAUACAUUGCCAUGUCAUUAAGCAAGCUGGGAUCAGUCUACAUGAUCAUGGGUGAUUAUAAAAAAACAAUCAGCUACCAUAAACAGGCAUUACAAAUGUACAAGACCAUCUAUGGUCAGAAUGAAGCACAUCCUUUCAUUGCUACCUCACUCAACAUGCUAGGGGCAGCCUAUAGUGGGCUGGGUGAUUACAGGAAAGCAAUCAGCUACCUUGAACUGGCACUGCAGAUGCACAGGAGUAUCUAUGGUGAGAAUACAAAACAUCGUGAUGUUGCAAUCUUACUCAACAACCUUGGGAUGACGUGGAAAGACUUGAGUGACUUUCAAAAUGCCAGAAGCUACCUGGAACAGUCACUGCAGAUACGUAGAAGUAUGUAUGGUCACAGUACAGCACAUCCUGAGAUUGCAACAGCACUCAGAAACCUGGGGAUGGUUUGGCGACACCUGGGUGAUCACAAAAAAGCUAUCAACUACCAUGAACAGGCACUUUUGGUGGAUAGGAUUAUCCAUGGCCAGACUACAGCACAUCCUGACAUUGCUACUGCACUCAAUAACCUGGGGACAGCCUGGAGUGAACUGGGUGAUGAACGUAAAGCUAUCAGCUACCUUGAACAGGCACUGCAGAUGUAUAGAAGUAUUUAUAGCAAGAAUACAGAACAUCCUGACAUUGCCCGCAUACUUACCAAUAUUGGGGAAGCCUGGGAUGUCUUGGGGGAUCACAGAAAAGCACUCAGCUACCAUGAACAGGCACUACAAAAAAGAGAGAGCAUCUUUGGGAAGAGCACACCACAUCCUGACAUUGCCAGCUCGUUUAUCUGUCUGGGUCUAGCCCUGGCUCACCUGGGUGAUUAUAGGGAGGCUAUCAGCCAGUUUGAAAAGGCUCUGAAGAUGUGCAGGAGUAUCUAUGGUCAUAACACAGAUCACAAAGACAUUGCAAUUUCACUCAGAAGCCUGGGAGGUGCUUGGCAACAACUAGGACAUUACAGAAAAGCAAUCAGCUACUUUGAACAGGCACUGGAGAUGAAGAGAGUUAUCUAUGGUCAGGGUACUGAGCAUCCUGAAAUCGCCAGACUACUCAUCGACAUGGGGUUAAUCUGGCACCGCUGUGGUGAUCAAAGAAAGGCUAUCAGCUAUCUUGAACAGGCACUGCAGAUGUACAGGCAUGUCUAUCAUGGUGAGAAUGAUGCUCAUCCUGACAUUGCCACAGUACACGACAUCUUGGGACAAGUUUGGCAUGAACUGGGAGAUAGUAGAAAGGCAAUUAGCUAUUAUGAACAGGCACUUCAAAUGUACAGGAGUGUAUAUGGUCCAGGUACAGAACACCCUUACAUUGCAGAAUCACUUGACAACCUUGGGAAAGCCCACAGUCACCUUGGUGAUCACAGAAAAGCAAUCAGCUACCAGGAACAGGCACUGCAGAUGUGCAGGAGUAUCUAUGGUCAGGGUACAGAACAUCCUGUCAUUGCCACCACACUCAACGACCUGGGGCUGGUCUGCUACAACAAUGGUGACCACAAAAAAGCACUUCAAUACCUUGAACAGGCACUGCAUAUGUAUUUGAGUAUCUAUGGUCAAAGUACACCACAUCCUCAGACCGCCAUAUCACUCAACAACAUAGGACAAACCUGGAAUGAACUUCAUGAUUACAAAAAUGCAAUUCGCUACCAGGAACAGGCACUGCAGAUGUUCAGGAAACUCUAUGGUCAGACUGAAGCACAUUCUCACAUUGCCAACUCACUCAACAACCUGGGGUCAGCCUGGUACCACCUGGGUGAUUACAGAAAAGCAGCCAGCUAUCAUGAACAGUCACUGCAGAUGCGCAGGAGUAUCUAUGGUGAGGGUACACCACAUCCUGACAUUGCCACCUCACUCAACAACCUGGGGUCAGCCUGGCACAGCCUCGGUGACCACAGGAAAGCCCUCAGUAUCUGCCAAGAAGCCUUGGUUAUGGCAAGACAGGUUUUCCCUCAAAACAAACAUCAUCCAUUGAUAAACAGAAUUGAGGCACAACUGAGAACAAUCAGCAUUAAGACAUCCUAAGAAUCUCAGAAGCAUUUGUAUCACCGAAUGAAAAAACAGUCUAACUUGUAAAAUACAUAGUUGUCAACUGAAGGUACAUAUCAUAUUUCUGUAUCAAAUCAUAACU